AUGAAUGCACCUAAAGCCAUUCCUUUCAUAAAAUAUCUCAACAAUCAAUUUCAAAUUGAUCCUUAAGCUGAAUAGUUUCUAACCUCUUUAGGCUCAGAAAAAUUAGGAGUUGUUUCGAUUGUAGGAAAAUAUAGAACCGGCAAAAGUUUCUUUGUUAAUCGAGUUCUUCUGAAUUAAUAAGCAGGAGGUUUUUCAGUAGGUCCUACAAUAAAUCCAUGUACCAAAGGUUUAUGGAUAUGGAGUCAAACAAUCAAAGCAUAAAAUGCUGAAUAUCCAGACAUGAAGGCCAUUAUAAUAGAUACAGAAGGUUUUGGAGGUAUGGAUGAGAAUGUUAAUCAUGAUACAAGAAUAUUCUUAUUCAGUCUUCUAUUGAGUAGUUACUUUAUUUACAAUUCUGUUGGUAAUAUAGAUGAAAAUGCUUUAAACACUUUGAAUUUGAUAGUAAAUCUUGCAAAGGUAAUUAUAAUAUAAUAAGAAUUAGGAUAUUUAAUAAAAUAAUGAGAAUACUUUUCCUUAAUUUUUAUGGAUAGUAAGAGAUUUUGCUCUUUAAAUGGUAGAUUAAUAGGGGAAUUCAAUAAAUCCAAAAUAAUAUCUUGAAAAUGCUUUAGAAUUACAGAAAGGAUUAUCUGAUUCAGUGGAGUAGAAGAAUCGAAUAAGAAGGAUGAUAAAGCAUUUUUUUAGAGAACGUGAUUGUAUGACAAUGGUAAGGCCAGUGGAGAGAGAGGAAGAUUUAUAGAAAUUGGAUUCUUUACAUGAGAAUAAUUUUAGAGGGGAAUUUGUAUAGUAAUUGAAAGAAGCGAGAUCUAAAAUAUUUAAAAGAGUUAGACCUAAAUCUGUUUAAGGAAGUAUGGUGAAUGGAAUAUAAUUAUUAUAAUUGGCAAAGGCAUAUGUUGAUUUGAUAAAUGGAGGUAAGGUUCCAAAUGUUGAAUCUGCAUGGGGUUAUGUAUGUAAGGCAGAAGGAGAGAGAGCACUUAGAGAAUGUUUAAACUUGGCUGAAUAAUAAAUUGAUAAACUUAAAACUUAGGUUAUAUAAGAUUUACCUAAUGUAAAAUAGUAAUUACUUGAAUAGCUUAAAAAGUAAUUCAAAUUAAAAGCUAUUGGAUCUGAUGAUGAUCUUAAAAUAUUUACAGAAAAGUUAUCAGAAUAAUUUGAAGAAAAAUUUAAAGAACUUAAAUAAAGUAAUAAAAGAAAUCUCAAAGUAAUUAAUAUUUUCAUUUUAUUAUUUAGACUCAUUAAUCCAAAGUGUUAUAACCUCAUAUUGAAAAUAUUUUAGAAAAAUUAAAAAAUGAUCAAUUCUAAAACUAUUAUGAAUUAUAAUCAGAAAUGUUUAAAAUUAGAGAUUAAUUUUAAAAAGAUGUUGGUAGAAAUCAAUAAGUUUCAUAAUUAUUUGACGAAAUGAGUUUAUAAAUAUAUUAGUAAGCAGCUGAAAAACUAACCAGAAAGGCAUCUUAAUAAACUAAUUAAGAGAAUAAAUAAUUGCAAUAUAAAUUACAGAAUUUAGAAAAAGAAUUAAAGGUUUUAUAAGAUGAAAAAAAUCAAUUAGAAUUAUAAGCUAGUAGUAAAUUAGAAAAACUUAGUAAAGAAAAUGAAUUGUUAUCAAAGAGUGAAUUACAACUUAAAACUUAAUUCUAAUAAAUUCAAUAAUAAACACAACAAGUUUAAUAAUAAAGUUAAAAUCAAAUACAAUAGCAUGACAAAUAAUUAGCUUUAAUUAGUUAAGAAAAUGCAUUUCUUUAAAAAGAAAUCUAAACUUUAAAUGAACGUACUUCUCAAUUAGAUAAUGAAAAUAAAAAGCUAAGAUAAGAAUUGAUUACCUAAAAAGCUACUAAUGAAUAGUUAUAAUAAAAGUGUCAUUCUUUAGAUUAUGGUAGGGCACAAGAAAUAUAAAAGUUAUAAUUGGAAUUCGAAAAAAAAAUAUAAGAAUUGAAUAAUGAUAUUGAUUAAAAGAAAUAAACAGCUAGAUAAUAAAGUGAGUGGAUGGUAGAAAAAUCUUAUUUGGAAAAUUAAGUUACAUUUUUAAAAAGUUAAUUAGAUGAAAAUAAAAGAUUACAUGAUGCUCUUUUGAUUGCCUUAUAAUGUAUAUAUUUUUAUCUUAUUUCAAGCUUAAAAUAAUCCAUCUAAUGAUUAUUAAGAGUCUACUCUUGAACUUUUAGAAACCAAUAGAAAUCUCUCAGCUGCUAUGGAUAAAAUGGAAAUGAGAUGCAAAUAGUUAGAAGAGAAAGUUACUAAACUUAAAAAGUUUAAAAAGAUAUUCAAAAAUAGUUCUAGCAUUGUUUGUUUACAUUGUAAUAGAUAAUAUUAAAGUAAUGGAUUUAGUUAACAUUUAUCAACAUGUAUUGAUAAUAAUUCUUGUAAUCCAAUAGUUUAAGGUUAAUCAUAACAAUAAUAAUAACAAUAAUAAUAAUAACAAUAAUAAUAAUAAUAAUAAUAAUAAUAAUAAUAAUAAUAAUAAUAAUAAAAUUAACCAAACUUACAAACACACAAUUAAUCUCUUAGUCAUCCACUUCCACCUCCAAUUGAUUUAAGUCAAUUAUAAAUAUCAAUUAAUUAAACUAUGGUAAGAGAAACCCCUGAUAAUAAACCUUAUACUGAAUAUAUGAUUAGAGUUCAAUAUAAUUUAAAGAAAUGGACCAUUUCUAGAAGAUACAAGAAUUUCUGUGAAUUACAUUAAGCAAUUAUCCAAUAGUAUCCUAAUAUGAAAAUGCCAGAAUCAAGUUCAGCUAUAAUCAAUACUGCUGAUAUAGGCAGCGUAUUUAAUGCUAAGAGACCAACAGUAAUUGAAGAUAGAAGAAGAGCUUUAUAAUCCUAUAUUAGAGAUCUAGCAAAAUUAGAUCCAGUAAGAAAUUGUGCUGCUUAUCGUAAAUUCUUAGAAUUAGAUACUAUUGAUUAAGUUGAAUAACCAAGUAGAAGUAUGUCUUAAAGUAAUUAAUUAAAUUCAUUUUAGUGGGAUCACCUAAGAAUGAAGGACUAUAAUCUUCAAGAGAUUAUGGAAGAGAUUCUUUAUCAGUAAUGCCUAAACCUUUCUGGAAGUAGUCAACAUAAUAAAUUGCUAUUGGUGCCUCUACUUCAAGAGAGUAGAAAUAUGAAGAACUUCCAUCCUAGAACAAUUAUCUUAGAUAGAAAGAAAAUUAACCGACAUCCUCUACUUCUAAUUUAAAUACUAAAAUUGAUAGAAAAUUGUUACCCUAAUCACCUCAAUCAUUCCUCAAGGCAUUUUAGAAACAAUAAGAAAGUAUAUAAUUCAUAUUAUAAUUACAAGCUUCUAAAGUAUAUAGAAUGCAUCAUUAACAUUCAUUAUUAGAAAUAUCAGGAGACAUAUAAUGA